AUGAGUGAGGACUUGGGAUUUGUCGGAGAACAAUACUCACUGCUUAUCUUACUUUUUUACAUACCAAAUGGUCUUUGUGACCUGCCCCUAAACCUCUUGACCAAGCGUUAUUCGGGCCGCAUUGUAUUGCCGGGACUGAUGGUAGGGUGGGGAGCCAUGGCACUCUUGCAAGCAGCCUGUAAGAACUUUGGAGGCAUGCUGGCUAUUCGACUAAUUCUUGGAGCUUUCGAAGCCGGUUUCUUCGCCGGAGCGGUUUUCUACCUGACCUUGUUUUAUACACGAGGAGAACUUGGCUUUCGCAUUGCUUUGUUCUUCGGUAGUGCGUUGUUAGCUAGCGCAUUUUCUGGUCUCAUAUCUUUCGGAGUAUUUCGAAUCCAAGACCCUCAUGUCCAUGGGUGGAUGUGGCUUUUUAUCAUCGAAGGUGCUCUCACAGUCAUCUUUGGUAUUGUGGCCUUCUGGUGGCUGCCUGCAAAUGCGCAAACUGCAUGGUUUCUGACCCAAGCAGAGCGGGAGGUUGCUUCUCUUCGGUCCCUCAGGGAUGGCACUCGUGACGUUGAGGAAGAGUUCAGCUUCAAAAAAUGUUUCCAGACUUGGAAAGACUGGAAGUUCCCGAUAUGGUGCAUCAUCAGUCUCACCUAUCCUGUGGCAUUCGCCACAACGGCGAACUUUCUACCUCUCGUUAUUGGUCGAUUAGGCUACAACAAGGUUACGACGAACCUACUUACGGGACGUUUCGAACAACUUAUGCCCCACGAUAUGCUCCAACACUUAUCGCAACAGCUGGUUGCAAUGUAA